UGAGUAAUUGUUUCUGUUACUUUAAAGAAAGUGAGCGGAGGUGCUGACUUCCCCAGUUGUCCUCGUCGUAGCUUUGUGGACUGCCCCUGUUGACCGCACCGCGGAACUGUUUACGUGAAGGACAGGAAGACCAGGUUAGCAGCGCCACUGAACAGUUUGGAAUUUGUAUUUUGUGGAUAUGACUGGAUCACUCUUGUGGAUUUAACAUUACAAGGGGGUUGAUGCAUCUAAUGCUUCGUGGAAAUGGGAGACAAAGAAGAGAACAAGGACAUAAAUGUGGCACAAGAUGCCUUUGAUCGUAUUGGGAAGAAAGAUGUCGCUGAGACAGGAACAGACUCCCGUCGGCUGAUCAAUUCACUCACUGCUGAGACUGGGGGCAUCACAGUGGGGCCAAGUAUCCAAGCAAACAACGUUAGCAAUAUAAAUUAUUACAUCACUGCCAGAACAGACACGAGAAAGAAAAGUGAUCAUGACAACGAACCAGCACUGGAAGAGCCAGACUUGAACAAAAGAAAGAUGGUUUGUCAACAAAAUUACAAAAAAGAAGUAGAAAAAAAAUAUGGAAAAAUGAAAGACUACAAUUCCUUGACAGGGGAAUGGGUGAAUUUUAAUAGAAGAUACACAAAGCUGCUCAUCCUCAGAAGACAUUUGAAAUUAAAGGAAAGGGAAGAUGAGCUGAAAUCAGGAGGACAUCUGGAGUUGAGAAAGAAAUGUAAAAGCGAUGAAGCCAUGUGCAUUCAAGUGGAAGAUGUAUUUGCUGCAGAUGAAAAUGGAGAAAUACCUUCAACUAUUGUACUCCAGGGACCAGCAGGAAUUGGAAAAACAUUCACAGUUAACAAAAUCAUGUACGACUGGGCAUCAAAGAACAUCUUCCAGGGCAAGUUUGAUUAUGUUUUUCAUUUUAGCUUUAGAGAGCUCAAUACAAAAGGUAACGUUAGCUUGAUCGAAUUGCUCUCUGACCAGUGCAGCGAUUUAAAUCUUAAGGAAAUACUAGCUUGUCCAGAAAAACUCCUUUUCUUGAUGGAUGGUUUUGAUGAAUGGAAGUUUCCUUUAGAUCAUUAUGAUGUUGGCCUGGGUGGAGAUGAGCAUACAAAACAGCCAGUUGCAAUCACAGUCAGUCGGCUUCUUAAAAGGAAAAUUCUUUCCAAAUCUACCCUGUUGAUCACAACGAGGCCUUCCUCUUUAGAAACCCUUGACAAAGGCGUGACUCUGCAACGCUUUGCAGAUCUUCUUGGGUUUUCAGUAGAUGAAAUACAUCAAUAUGUGUCUAAUUAUUUUGAAGCCAAGGAGCAAGCUGCACAAGCACAAAACUACUUCAAAGAAAAUGAAUCUGUCUUGACCCUGUGUUUUGUUCCAGUUGUCUGUUGGAUUGUUUGUGAAGUAAUAAAACACAGCAUUGAUUGUGGAGAAGAACUUACACUGAACUUGAAAACAGCCACCCAAGUUUUUGUUCACUUUAUAAUUACCCUGCGAGAACACCAUGGUAACAAUUUACCAUUGGAUAUCAUUCACAAGCUUGGCCCACUGGCUUUGGAAGGGGUCAGGAAACAGCAAUUUUUAUUUCCGGAAGAAGAACUGGAAAAGCUUAUUUCCAGUCCAGUUCAAAGUGUGUCUGCAUUUAUCAAUAAAAUACAGUUUAAGCAGGGCCUUAGCUGUCAAUCUGCAUACCAUUUUUUGCAUUUAAGUAUCCAAGAGCUGUUUGCUGCCAUAUUUUGUGUCUCAGGCAUGGCUGAUGAAGAAAUAAAUACCUUGCUCAAUGACUCCCUUCAUAACAAAAGUCUUUUAAAUGUAGUUCAAUUCAUGUUUGGGCUUGCAAACAUGAAAAUACAAGCGUUGAUCCCAGACAGUAAUCUACUACCUAUUUCUGUAUUAAGAACACGGUUGGAAAAAUGGAUGAAAGAAGCCUCAAGAUAUGUCUACAUUCUUGAAUUGCUACAUUGUUUGUUUGAGAUUCAGGAUGAGGAGUUUGUUAAGAAGUCAAUGGCAGACAUGAAUGUAUUGUCGUUCAGGCAUGGCUGUGUUAAUAAAAAGGAUUGCACUGUGAUAAAAUAUUGCAUCGAGCAACGUGGUGAAGUGGACAGGCUUGAUCUCAUGUUUUCCAUCUUGAAGGAAGAUGAAGUAAAAGCCCUUGUGGAAGUUCUUCCAAAAUGCAAAACUUUUUACAUGCAAGCCGGUUACCUCACCGAAGACACAGUAAUGAACUUCUGUCAGAUGCUUUCUACACACCCCAGCCGGAAAUUCUUGUUUCUGGAAAUAACGAUGAGAAAAGAAGGGCUGAAAUUGUGCUGUGAUACAGCUGAUAGUGGGGUGGAAGAGGAAUGUUUAUCAAUUGACGGUGAUCUCCCUGAAGAUUUCAUUUGGAACAUCUGCACUUUGAUUAUUCCAAAAUAUAACUUUGAAAGCAUAUCCAUCCAGAAUUCUCAUCUUACCAGCAACUUCAUAGAAAAACUGGAUGGUGUUUUGAAAAUGUCAACCAUUGAUCUCCAGCCUCUUCGAAUGGAAUUUGGUUACCUCACCAAAGAAACAGCAGAGGACUUCUGCCGCAUGCUUUCUACACGCCCAAGCCGGAAAUACUUGUAUCUGGCUAUAACGAUGUCAGAAGAAGGGCUGAAAUUGUGUUGUGACACACAUGAUGAUAUGUUUGUCGAGAAAGACUUAUCAAUUGACGGUGAUCUCCCUGAAGAUUUCAUUUUGAACAUCUGCACUUUGAUUGUUCCAACAUAUAACUGUGAAAGUAUAUCUGUCCGGAAUUCUCAUCUUACCAGCAACUUCAUAGAAGAACUGUGUGGUGUUUUGAAAAUGUCAACCACUGAUCUCCAGUCUCUUGAGCUGAGAAACGCACACCUCACAGACAGCUGUUUCGAGUCUCUCGCCUCUGGUCUUGAUGCUUUCAGCUCAUUGAAAUAUCUACACCUGAGCAAGAACUCCUUCACAGACAGCUCUGUCCCCAGCUUCAACCAAAUUGUGCUGAACUGUACCAGCCUGAAGCAUUUCGAUCUGCGAGGGAAUCAGUUCAGUCCAGAUGGGAAGAAGAAUGUGAAGGAGGAGCUCCAGAGGAAUUACACUAGUCUUAUUCACUCAGACAGGAGCAGGAAUCAGGAAGACAAGCAGGAAUACGAACGUUACCUGUAUCUGUGGAUAUGAAGAAAAAAAUAAAUCUUAUAACAGCCCUGGACGCUGCAUAUAAUGUGCAGUUGAGGGCUUAGAACUUUAAAAAUAUAACACCAUGUAACAAUUUUUUUUUUUUUUUUGUUCCUGGGUAGAAAGUGUUAUUUCCUAAUUGCU